GAGGAGGCGGUGGCGGUGGCUGUGCAGUGCGUGCGCGAGCGCGGCGGGGAGACGCUCGUUGGCGCUGCGCGGGUGGGCGCGGAGCUCGGGAGGGGAGCGGGGACAAGGAGGGGGGGGGUCGGCGGCGGCCGAGCGGAGCGGAGCGGGAGGCGAGAUGAGCGCUGGGCUCCCCGUGGGCAGCGAGCCGCCCUCGGCAGCCGCCGCCUGUGAAUGAACUGAGGCGAGGCCGCCCCCCCCUUCCUCAUCCUCCUCCUCCUCCCCUGCUCUCCCCCCCUUCCCCUCCCGACACACCGCCGGGAGCGCGGCCGUGCCUCGCCGCCGCAGCCGGUGCCGUCCCCGCCGCGGCCCGGAGGGGACCUGAAGGAAAGUCAUCAUGGGAGCAUUUUUAGACAAGCCAAAGAUGGAGAAGCAUAAUGCCCAAGGGCAAGGGAACGGGCUUCGUUAUGGGCUGAGUAGUAUGCAAGGCUGGCGAGUCGAAAUGGAGGAUGCACAUACAGCUGUGAUUGGUUUGCCAAAUGGACUUGAUGGAUGGUCAUUUUUUGCUGUAUAUGAUGGGCACGCUGGAUCACAGGUUGCCAAGUACUGCUGUGAGCAUUUAUUAGAUCACAUCACAAGCAACCAGGAUUUUAAAGGGCCAGAUGGGCCACCAUCUGUGGAAAGUGUAAAGAGUGGCAUCAGAACAGGUUUUCUGCAAAUUGAUGAACACAUGAGAGUCAUCUCUGAGAAGAAACAUGGUGCAGACAGAAGUGGGUCAACAGCUGUGGGCGUCAUGAUUUCUCCCCAACAUACAUACUUCAUCAACUGUGGAGACUCAAGAGGUUUACUUUGUAGAAACAGGAAGGUUCACUUCUUCACACAGGAUCACAAACCAAGCAACCCAUUGGAGAAAGAGCGUAUACAGAAUGCAGGAGGCUCUGUCAUGAUUCAGCGCGUGAAUGGCUCUCUUGCUGUUUCAAGGGCACUUGGGGACUUUGAUUACAAAUGUGUCCAUGGGAAGGGUCCUACAGAGCAGCUAGUCUCACCAGAGCCUGAAGUUUAUGAAAUUGAGAGAUCAGAAGAAGAUGAUCAGUUCAUCAUACUGGCUUGCGAUGGUAUCUGGGAUGUUAUGGGAAACGAAGAGCUCUGUGAAUUUGUAAGAUCUAGACUUGAAGUCUCUGAUGACCUUGAGAAAGUUUGCAAUGAGAUAGUUGACACCUGCUUGUACAAGGGAAGUCGAGACAACAUGAGUGUGAUACUGAUCUGUUUUCCGAAUGCACCAAAGGUAUCACCAGAGGCGGUGAAAAGAGAGGCAGAGUUGGACAAGUACCUGGAAAGCAGAGUAGAAGAGAUCAUAAAGAAGCAGGGUGAAGGAGUGCCAGACUUAGUCCACGUGAUGCGUACGUUAGCAACUGAGAGCAUCCCAAACCUCCCGCCAGGGGGUGAAUUGGCAAGCAAACGGAGUGUAAUUGAAGCUGUGUAUAACAGACUGAACCCCUACAGGAAUGAUGAUACUGAUUCUGCCUCAACUGAUGAUAUGUGGUAAAACUGCUCAUCUAGCUGUGGAGUUCACGUUUCAUUCUUCAAAUGAAAGUGCAGCCCAACCUCAGUGACCCUUCUUAACAUCCAUCCUCAAUACUAAUUAAAGAAGGGAGUACGAUGUGUUGGUGAGAGUGACUGCAGCAGAAAACUACAGCAGUACGACAUCUAGCCCAGGAACUGAUCUUUUUUUUUGUAAAACAGACUUCUGUAAACGUGAUUUCAAACCAUAAUCCAUGUUGUAAAUCAGACUCCAGCAAUUUAUGUUGUAUGAUUUUGUUUGUUUUUUGGUUUUUUUUUUGUAAAGUGCAAUUGUCUUUGUACAAAAUGCUCAUAUUUAAUUAUGAACUGCUUUAAAUCACUACAAAGGUUAGAAGAAAUGUUUGACUUGUGUGAUGCAACAAUAUAUAUCCCUUUAAAUUCAUGUUGUGGUUUUGGAUUGCAAGGAGCAGCAGCCUAGCCAGCUAGGUGCUCAGGAGGUGCACAAAACUGUAAAGAUAACGUUUUGUCUUCUAUGAGAGCUGAUCCUGUGGGUGAUUUUCCCAAAAUCACAGUAGUGAAUUUGCUUGGCAAUGUGAAAACAAGAGAGUAGUGCACGUUCUUCAACAGGCGGAUCUUGUUUUCUCAGAGGUACUCCUGCUCUCACAUUGAGUUGAAGGGAGUUCUGAUUUCGGCUUUGGUGGGAGUUAAAUCAUGCCCUAUUAAUAGCAUCAUGCGUUCAUAAGCAUAUGAACCUCGAGAUUAGAAUGCCUCGAUUCUCUGCACCUCUUUCCAUUAACCCUUACCUGGAAGUACGAAUCACUGAGCACAAACAGGCAGCUUUCUACAUACCGUAGGAGCCUGCAGCAUUUUUACAAUCUUAAUUGGCUGGAUCUGCUGCUGUUCCAAGUGAAAUACUUUGAAUUCCAUUUUAUCAAUAAAGCUUGGUUUAACAAACAAGAAAUUUAUCCAUAGAUGUGUAAUUCCUUUUUUUUUUCCUGCCUUUUAAAAUGUCAGUGCCAUUGUAAAUGAUCUUUUACACGUGGAAGAAUAUUUUUAUUAAUUGGUAGCCCAUUUUUGAGAUGGGAAGAGUUUUGAUGAUUGCCCAAGAAAUAGCCAUAUGCUAGAGGAUGAAGUGGGAUUAAUCUGUGACCCUGUUUUUUUAACAAGUAUGGAUUUUUUUCAGGCUGCUUCUUUACUCCCCACUGAAGAUGUGCGUUGGUUUGAAUUUGCCUACUGUUUGAUAAAAAUACAUUUGUCAGAGCCUGACAAUCUUUAACAUUUUAUGGCGUGUGUUUUUUAAUUGACCCACUUACUUACAAUGAGAGACUAGUGGUUAAACAGUACUUGUGAGUAGAGAUAUAGCAUGUUGAUAAUAUCUAACUGUUUGUUGUUGAAAAUUCUAAUUUAAAGUUUUAUAAGAGAAUCAGCUAAGUUGAUUUAAGGUUAGCUUUCUCCCAUUGAACAUGCAAAAUUAAGUUCUAAAGUCAGUCGUGUUUGCAGAACUGCUGUUUUGUGCACCUUGUAUUGUCCUUUUGGUUGAGAGUAUUGUGUUUAAUAUGUAGUUUACUCAUUUAGUAGGCAGAUUCCCCAAAAGGAAAAUCAGUAAAGCAAGUAGACUGUAACAUUUACUGCAGUGAAACAGAAUCAAAAUGUGGUGUAUAAUUAUUUUGAUAGGAAAACGUAGUACAAUGCAUUUUGCUAUGUGUCUUUCCCUAACUUUGAAAUAUACAUAUUUGUAUAUAUAGCCUUAAAACUAAUGCAGAGUUAGGGAACACUGAACAGUGCAAAAGUAACUUAUAGUGUCUUGGAACUAAGUAUAGUAUAUACCAGCAAAGUUUUCUUUUUAUCCCUCUUGUCUGUGUGGGGUGCUUAAACGUAACUUCAUUGUAUUCAGUUUGUAAUCUGUUGGAGCAUGAAUGAAGAAAACAUAAGCACUAUUUGUAUUUAUAAAUUUCUAGCAAUUUUUGCUUAACGAACCAGUUCCUUCCCUACCUAUGAAUAAAUGCUUAAAAUGUCUAAUUUUGUUGUAGAGUGCAAAACUAUAAUAACGUUAAGUGAUAGCUUCACAGGCACCUAAUUAACAGGUGUAUGUAAUGAUACGUGGCGUGUUAGUGCAGAAAGCUAAACGCAAUUUAGGACUAGGCAGAUAAUGGUUCUGUCCUUUUUCAUAUAGACUGAAGCUUAGCUUUGGAAACUGCAAAACCUUGAACUGGACUGUGGAAACCUUUUCAGUUUCGAACUUGUAAAAAAAUCGGAAGCAAAACUGUGGUGUGUAAAGCCAUAAUUCGUAGUCACUUAAACUGUCUCGGUGACAGACUUGUACAGUUGAAGCCUCUUCCUGUGAGGCCUCCUGAAGGUCAGGAAGAACGUACCUCUGCUGUUGUGACAGGUGCUGGAACUGGGUUUGAGGGCAGUGGCAGAAAGCCCGUUUCAGGCCUUUCUCCCUCCCGCCUACGUUCAGCGUUUUGAAGAGGUCAGAGCACUGAAUCUAUUCUGUGUGCACAAACACUGCCGUUUUAGAUACAGAUUUUGAUUACAAAACACACUAACGAUGUCAAGCAUCCUAGAAAAGAGGCAAGCUGUACUUUUCACUGCUCUGAAAAGAAAAAGGCACUUUUGCACGUUUGUGCAUCUCCUUCUUGCACCAGAAACUUUUCUGUAAUGCUAAAAAUGUUAGCACCUCAGGGGCAAGGCAGCAAUUUGUUUCGGAAGUAUUGUGUGCUAUUUAUUUCCCUCGUGGAAAAAGAUUCCUGUGGGACAAAAAUGAAAACUGUGUGAUGCUUAAGAGAUGUAUUUUUAAAUACAUGUUCAAAUAGGAUGGUCCCAGUUUGCUUGGGGUUUUUGGGGUUUUUUUUGUCUGUUUUAAACAGAAUCAAAAACUUGGAAAUUAUAUUUGUAAAGCUACUUCUCUUCGUGCAACUUUGUUCUCCUUCUACAUUUAACAGCUUCACUGGCUUCGGUUUUCUGUGAGUUUUGUUACAGUCGGAUUCAAUGUUUCACUGGUCGUUCUGGGAAAAUACCUGUACUGCUUUAUAGUCAACUGUUUCAAAUAAUUCUCACUAAUUCAGCAUUGAAAUAUGUUCAAGACAGAAGCUGCUUCUAAAGCAUGUUUUAAAACCAGUGUUGGAUUAACUAAGUGUGAUUACGUUAAGCAGGCCCCCAGACUUGCAAGGCUUUGUAAAUCCGUUGUAUCAGUCGCAUCCUGGUACCCACAGUGGGCACAGAUCAGCAGGUCCUGAGCAAGCAGCGGCCUUUCAGCUCGCCUGCACUUCUGUAGUCUGUAAGCAGCUCUGCAGAACCCCUGGUGCGUGGCCAGCACUCUGCAAUCUCCAACAGAAGUCAGGAUGGGAGAUGGGAAGUUGUUAUUAACCUAUGCUGAAUUGUGGUAAUUCUAGGUUGUCUCAUGCUAGCGAGAUGCCUGCAGAAUAUUAAGCAGCAGGGGAGGAAUUGUAGCACUGACCUUGGUGGUUCAUGCAGGUGCCAGAGUUGUUCAUCUUAACGUGUGCUCAGGAUACUGACUUGAAUGACAAUUAAAUUGUUUACUAUGAAACUGAUGCCGUCUCAGCUGUAUAGGUUAAAAUCUGAGCCAUUCUGCUUAGUUCAAGAAUUGGAAACUUUGAGGUGAUUUAGUAAAACUGGGGAAUAGUUUGCACUGUAGUUGAUACCCCGAUAAGCACCUCAUUUUGACUUGUUGCACUGGGAUAAUACAGGCUUCCUAUUGCAUUUUGGCUUUUUAAUAAUUUAUAAACUAAGGAUAUGGUUUCAUGGUCAACUAAUAUCAAGACUGAGCUGCUGCUGUAAGUUUCCUUCUACUGCCCGCUUUGUGUCAGUGAAAUAGUUAUGAGAGGGAGAGAAAAACUCUGCCCUUCAGCUUGGCUAAAUGGGUGUUCCAAGUACCUGGUGCUGGGAAGGCAGGGCUGUGAGUAGCACUCCUUAGCCACACAUGGGGAAAUCAGAGCCCCAGUGCAGAUAAGUGAUGGACCUACAUAGGAAAUAUCAAAGCCUUUGUAGAUCUUUCUCCACACUGUGCUUAAGACAUAUAUUUUACCCUGGUCAGCGUUCUUUUUCUUGAAACUGGAAUCAUGAAGCUUUGAGUUUAAUGUCUUGUAUGGGAGCUCCAUGCUGACAAAUGUACUUUUUGUUAACUAUCUCUAUUUAUAUUCAGUUCUGUCCCAAGAGGGAGGCAGCGUGGCUGUCACAAUUAGGUUAAUGAAAAGGCUCUUAGAGUCGACCUUAUUUCAGUGUACAGCAGGAUUUCAUCAUGUUAAGAUGUUCGCUUGAAUUUCUACACGUGCAUUCUUGAACUGCUUUAUGGCCAAAUGACUUGGUACAUUUAAAUAUCUUCAUAUUUAAGCUUGGCCAUUCCAGUAAUAGGUGAACCUUUAGUCAUCAAAUAUUACCCUUUUUCCUCAUAAUUGGGCAAAUAGAAGAUUUUAAUAAAAACCUGACGUGCCUGGCUUAGAUUAAGAAGCAGCAGAACUGGGUAGAGCUGGGGAGCUGUACUUUACAGCUCUAUUUCCUUAGGAAUUGGAAUUGUUACUCCGUGCCAAGCUUCUGGAGGUGUAAAAAUGUCUUCAGGAUAACUGGUAUCACUCCUUGUUCCUGCAGCUGUGUCCAUUUGAGAUGGUGACGACCCAAGCCUUCAUAUGACAUUACAGGGUGCAAAGUCCCUUCUAGGCUGGAUAGAUUUUUAACUCUUUAAAUGGCAAGAGGAGGCUCCACAUGUUAUAGUGCAUAAAAUGAAUGCAGUUCCUAGAGUGAGCCAUUAAAAUACAUAAAAAUAGAGUGAAAUUUGCAGGUGGCAAUCUGGGCUGAGUAUUUUGGAAUAGAGCAGUGUUGAUCAGAGGCUGCAGCCUUCUGGUGAGCUCUGCAGUGCUUGCACAGUCUGCAGCUCAGACAUCGCCUUUAGAAGCUUUUUGUACCCUUGUUUUGUUUCCAUACUGGUGUUGCUUUGUGAGUGCGGCAGUCACCUGGGCCGUGGUGUUUGGUCGUAGGAGCUCAAGAGGCUGCAGGAGAACUUAGAGCUUUUGUUUACAGUCAUAGACAGCUGAGUGCUUUCAAGUACAAAAGGAACAGAAAGCAUGCUGAAAACACGGUUUACAUCAUCUCCUGCUGAAAAUGAAUUUCCAGGAGAAUCUUCCAAAAUUCAUUUAGUACAUGAAAAAGUCAGGCACUUUAAUCUGAUCGUGUUGCAGUUGUUGACUUACAGCAAGCCAUCUCUUUAUUUCAUUUUCUUUUCAGGUAGCAGUAAAACAGUUUUUUCCUUAUCCUGCAGGCACUGUUACACUAGAGAUCUUUGCUUCUCUGCUAAGGGUCCAGGAGUGGUCGUGGUGUCUUAGGAAAAGGGCUUCUUAGGAGAGAGCCUUUGAAAUCAUAGAGUUUUGGUGGUGGGCUUAAUAUAAAGAAUGCCUUCUGUAGCAUUAGUGAUGUUGUUCGACUCUGGAAAUAUCCAAACUUCGGUGAGAUGGGAUGGUAGGUCAGACUUCAGGAUUAUGUAUGCUUCUAUGGCUAACCAAAUCAGUGUGCUUAACUCGUUCUGAUUCCUGUCUGAAUGCUUUUUAAAAUACCUUUUGUGUUGAAAUAAAAAGAAAAAACACAAUAAUAAUAAUAAUGAGAGGGAGGAAACCAAUGCUCCUUACUACUGUAUAACCAGUAAUUUGUUUGCAAGGAUGAGUGCUGUGACAGUUGCAUUUUUCCCUAAGAGCACUGCAUCCACACUUCUCAGCUCAAUAGCACUGAGCCAAACCCGCAGUUCACGUGUGCUUCCAUUAACUGUGCGGCUCCGAACAGCUGAUGGAACCUGUGCUCUUGAUGGCUGAAGUAGGCAGGACUCUUGACAUGCAUUGUGAGCGAGCCUCCAACGCAAAGGAGCUGCUGUUGUGAUUUCUCUUGGGAAGCAUCUUUGUGAAUUAAAAUGAGAAAGCAGACUUGCAGGUCAGAAAACGUUACAUACUUUAACUUCUCUUGAUGCCUGUAGACUGAGGUCUUCGGAGUUUCAUUUGUAUCACUGAGUUCAACUCAGUUUGAGCAAUGGGAAAUACCAGUUGCCAAUUUCAUUUUCACUGUUGGGUUUUCAGGCUGCAGUGCGACAUGUUAGUUUACACUGCAAGGGAAAAUAGAACUGAAGUGAUCUUAGGAAAGUGGAAGUUAACAACAGCCUGCUGAUGGUGGUGGAGAGUCACUCCCAGCACGUAGAGCUUGCACAAGUAUCGUUGCAGCCACGGCUGUCCCAGUUUUGUUGGAGCUAAAUGUAAUCAUUAUUUGGAUUUGGUUUAGAAAAAGAUUUCAAAGCCGAAGGGGAGGAAGGUGGCAGUCCUAAAGCAGAGCGGUAGAUUAACUACAAUUAAUAAUGUCUUAAUUCUUUGAGUAUUCAAGUCAGCAGGUUUUUUUGUUGGUUUUUUUUUUCCUUUUAAAACAUCAGAAGGACAAAAUUUAAGAGGUUCCGGUCUUUCAUGUACUGCUUUUGGCUUUAAGAAUAAAAGGAUGGAACCCAGAAUGAAUUAGUUGGGAUGGGAAUGCAAAAAGGCCCUAAACCCCUAGGAACAAAUGUGCUGAAUCUGCAGAGCAUCGUUUCCAUGUCCAUUAAUGGAACUACUGAAAACAUCAGUGCUGGCGUUUUAGGGAGCUUUUGUUCUUGCUGAGUGUUUGAUGCUGGACUCUCAAGUCUGCUGAGUGUGAAACUUUCAGACAUGUAAAUAGGAAGCUGGGCGUUAUGUGAUGGCCCCCAGUCUGCAAGGUGCUGGAGGAGCCAUUCCCAUGCCUUCUGCUUGCUGCCAUAGGAACAGCUUGAUGCUGGACACUGGGAUUUCCUACAGUCCGUUGCUGGUGUUGUGAUUCACAAUGACCACAAGUACCAAGAGUUAAGUUGUGUUUAUUAACCAGAUCUAACUUUUUGGUGCCAGGAAUCAAGUCUGUAGAGCGAGUGCUGAGUUCUGCAGGUGUUGGUAGCUAAUCGUGCCAGGCAGUUCAGUGCUCAAAUAACUGAAUCACUGCUGACAAGGGGUUAAUAGGAGACACAAGCCUAGGUUCUCCUGGCCAGGGGAUUUGGGUAUUUGAGAAGUGAGUCGAUAGCAUUUCCAGAACCGGCUGCUUCAUUCAUGUUUCAAAGCAAAGAUUUUGGUUCUUAGCAUCUGUCUUGUUACUAAGCCUAUGUACCAACAUGCUGAAUUAGAGAGUUUUCUCCUGUCUCCUCACAGCGUUAACUCCACGUUGUACCAUGAAAGUCUCGUCCGCAGUGACAAGCUGUGCCUGUCUUUUUAGAAGGUUCAUCACCUCUUUAUAUCUAUUUUGUGGAAAGUGUAACUUUUUCAUUGAUGACUUGUAUAAAUGUGUGUUACAAAUGGAGAGAUUUAAGCUUGAAAAGCAUGUUUGCGGAAUACACAGCUUCAUUAUGGAAUUUAUAAAUUUAACAGAGUAAUAUACCAGAGCAUAACUAUUUUCCUUAAGUAGAAUGUAUAACAAUAUAUAAUAAUUUAUUCUCCACGUAGUUCACCGAUAUUUACAGUUUUACACAAUUCAAACUGUGUGUUUACAGAAAGUUCAAUAAAUGUAUAUUUUGUACUAUGUACAGAUUCCUGGUCCCAAAGAAAAUGUGUGAACUUAGUUUCUAACUUAACUUUUGAGAUUGUACCUUUCUCUUUUUUUUUCUCUCCUUUGGUUUGGAAUCAGUUGAACGAACUGCAUUACGCCUGUUGACGGUGGAGGCUUGCUUUGGAGUGAAUGGGAAUUGGAAAUAUUUCUAAUCUACGAAAGUGAUUCCACUAAAUAAAACAGGCAAUGACACUG